CCUCCUGUCAGGUAGACUAUCACUUUAAGUUUGGGCGGGGCCUGUUGGACACUGGCCCAGCACCUGGGACCUAGAGGAAGCACUGAAGCGGGCCAUAAGAGUCUUUGAGGUGGUGAUCGAGGACACAAGGACUAGGAGACAGUGGGUAGGUGGCUUCCCAGCAGGAUCCCCAGCUGCUGGGCUCGGUGACAGGGAGGGAAGGAUCUCAGCCCUACUGGGGACCAGAACAGAGACCUUAAGGAGCAGGUGAAGUGCCAAGGGCACAGCCAGGGACAGCUACCAGAGCCUCCCCAGAUGCUGGAUGCCUGCAGAGCUCAACCGCUGCCACCACCACCACCACCACCACGCCUUCUAAUGAGCUGGGCUCUCCCCUGGACCGCUCCUGUGGCUCCAGGACCAGACUGAUGGCUGCAUGCGAGACAUGCGCCAGAGGCCAGGUGGCCUCCACUGUGCGUUACUGCAUGACGGUCAGUGGCACAGUGGUCCUGGUGAUUGGGACACUCUGCUUUGCAUGGUGGAGCGAAGAUGAUGCAGCUGUCCAGCCUGGCUCACUGCCCCCCACGAUGGAACAUCCAUUGCCCAAGAUCUCCCCGAUUUGGCUCAAGUCUGUCAGCUUACUCUGCUGUAGCAUGGGCGGUCUGCUUCUGUUGUUUGGCCUGCUCUGGUCCAUCCAGGAAAGCUCAAAGAGGUCGAGCCAGGGGGAGCUGUACCAACUCUCCAGAGACCUGUAUCACCUCUCUGUGGACUCCUCUGAGAAGAACUGCAGGCCUCCCAAAGAGGCUGCCAUCCCCACUUACGAAGAGGCCAUGUAUUGCCCACUGGCUGAGGGUCCCUGGCCAUCCCCUGUGCAGCCCGAAGAAGACGACCUUCAGUGCCUCACCCCGGGGGAUGCCCUGCUGGGGUCACCAUCCCUCUCACCCCCACCCAGCUAUGAGAGCAUCAUCUUUGUUCGGGAGGCUGUUUCUGAUCCAGGUGCUGCAAGCUCCAGUCCAGGUUGA